AUCUGUUUAAAAUUGGACACUGAAGUGGGCUGAAAUAUUACUUAUGCCGGAUGUUAGUAUUCUAUCAGUUAGGAUUCAUUUUUCAAACUAUCAAAUUUCAUAUUCAGUCAGCGAAACGCUUCAAUGCAGAACCUUCAAAAGAUAGCCGCGUCGAUGUCACUUUCGAAAUACAGAAGUAUGUCGUCUUCAUCAGAGUAACAAUUCGACAAGAAAGCAAGGGAGACCAUAAAGAUGGCGUCAAUCGCAGCAUUUAUCACGUCGCUUAUAUUCAACACUGGUAUCACUCUCAUUCUGCUAGUCGUAUUCUGUAUCCUACGUUCACGGUUUGACUUUGUUUAUCAACCAAACUUCAAGUUAUUGACGGAAAUCGUUUCUAAAAAGAUCCCAGAGACUAAACUCGCGUUAUUGAGAAAACUUACAUUAUCAUCGUCGUUCUUUGCCUGGCUAACUCCAGCUUUUAAAAUCAACACUAACGAGCUAUAUGAGUUGGUUGGUUUUGAUGCUUUUGUCUACUUGAGAUUUUUGAGACUAUGUUUCCGCAUUGCCGCAUUCUCAUUGCCCUAUGCUGCACUUGUUCUUAUUCCUAUCAACGUGUAUGGUGGCAAUGAUCAAGUGGGGAUGGAUAUACUAACAUUAGGCAACAUAUCUCAGCAGUCAGGCAAACUUUGGGCACAUUUAAUAGGUGUAUGGUUAUUCUCUUUCCUCGUGUAUUAUUUAUUGUAUGCCGAAUGGCAAGUUUAUGUUGAAUAUCGUCAAAGACAUCUGAAGGAGAAUAAAGAAAAUCAUUUUUCAGUAUUGGUCACACAGCUUCCUCCCGAGGUAACGUUUCCGACCAAAACUUACAGCUUUUUCAAUCUGUUCAACAAUAUGUAUUUGUUUUGUGAGAUAAUACAUGCUCUUUCCACGUGCGCCAGUGCGUAUCAAAUUACCAUGCCACGCAUGCAUGCAUACUAAUUUGGAAACCUAUCAGCCGGAUCAGGCAAUAUAAAAGAGUAAAUGAACUUGCUGUUUUAAAACUGAAAUACAUAAUUAUUCUUUCAACGCAAGAAAGAAAAUAUGAAACGAAAACGUUCAACGAAAAUUUUGCCAAGAAAGUUUGAACCUUCCAUUCCUGGAAACGUGAAGCUUUCAUAUUUUCUUUCUUGCGUUGAAAGAAUAAUUAAAAACUCCCUAUUUAUUUACUUUUUCUCCGCAUGACAUUUUUUAACGGCAAAAAUAUUGAUAUUUUGAGACAAUUUUCUCGAAAACUACAAAUCGUCAGAAAAUGCUGUACUCCCUACGACCGCUCGAAAACUACUUCGCUUAUCGUAACGUAUUGUGACAAUGUUGCAUUGAUGUAAUGUAUUCAGAGACACUAAUCAUAGACAAUCAAAGAAAUGGACUGUAAACGCGGGCUAAAGCUGACACGACAGUCCGUGAUACGCUUUAUUUCGAACCCUUUAACUUUACUUUAAACAGAUUUCAGGAAUUCGUAUUUACAACAACGUAGUCGAUACGCGUAUUCAUAUGAUACGCUACACGUAUCGGCGUAUGAUCGCAUAUGAUACGCGUAUGAUACGCAAAAAAGUGUUAAGAUAUACGCGAGCGGUACUGCAUGUAUUUCCAACAUGAGCUCCACCUUUGAAUUUACUAUAUGAGUAAAUUCUUAAAAAAGUUUUAAAAGAGUUUUAAAUAGCAAAAAAGUUUAAAAAGUUAGAUUUUUAAAAAAGUUAAAAAAGUUAAAAAAAUUUAAAAAGUUUAAAAAAUUUAAAAAGUUAAAAAAGUUAGGGUUAGGGGUUAGUGGUUAGGGGUUAGUGGUUAGGGGUUAGUGGUUGGGGUUGGGGUUAGUGUUAGGUGCCGCGAAUUUAUUAUUAUGAUAAAUUCAAAAUGUGCCGCGAAUUUAUCAUGAUGAUAAAUUCGGACGUGUUUAAGAAUUUACUCAUAUACAGUACCCAAAUUCAAAGGUGCAGCUCAUGCUGUGUAUUUCCCCUGCUAAAUGCUGUUAAAACCCCGCUUAGUCCCGGGGGUCGGGGGGCCGGUGUCACAGGAAAUCCCCCCCCCCCGAAAAUCCCCCCCGGGCCAAAUUUCAUGGGAAAUUUCCCCCCCCCGGGCCAUAAUUCCUAGGAAAUAUGGCCCCCCUAAGUCGGAAAUUUGGCCCCCUCUAAAAAAUUAUAGUUUACUUUAUCUUUUAGCUCGGAAAUCGUGAAGCUUCUACUAAAACCAAAUUUCUAGAAUUUUUUCUCAACAUUUAUAGUUACUUUGCGUAAUUUUUUUGUGUCAAAACAAAAUUCUGCACUGAAUUGCAAUACUGACGAGAAUUAGGCCAAGAGAAUUGCUUACAACACUGACGGAUUUUAUGUAGCUGGAUGUAACCUUUGUUUUUCUGCGUGUUUGCGGAAUGUUUUUGUGAGUCAUCCAAACCUUUGUGCUUUUGUGUUUGCGAAAUGUUUUGUUAGCCAUUCAAACCUUUGUGUUUUUCUGUGUGCAGAAUGUUUUUUGUGAACCAUGAAGCAUACAGUCUACUUCCGUUUUUACGGAAUGCUUCUGUAAUGCAUCCCAACCAUAUGAGCGAUUAUAUAUACUGUGUAUAUGUAAGUAAAAUGCAUAGGAAAAGUUUUUUUUACAAAAUAACCACUCAUUUGAUUUUGUUUUUCGAACAAACGUUUCCACUUAAAAGUCUACUUUUACCCUUUUGCUAAUUACUCCCUGUUACUUAUUAGACGCGCGAUAUUAACAUAUUCGCCAACGCAUGAUGUCAUCGUUUGCUAAAGUGCAGUUGUUAUUCUGACUAAUUUUAUAUAGUUGUUAUUCUGACUAAUUUUUCUAUGUGACUGAAUUUUGUAGAUCUAAAUAACUUGUAAUAUCUUAAAAAUUCCUAUCUCUAAAAAUCGUUUCGUGUCCUUAGCUUAAAGCUAAGCCAUUAUGCACUAACGUUGUCCUCAACAGAUCAUGACUGCAGCACUAGCACAUUAUUAUUACGCUUUCCUUCAAAUUUUUAGUUCUUGGCCGCAAUGAAGAAUUUCGACACAAAUAAAUUAUGCAAACCAACUAUAAAUACUGACAAACACUUUUAGGAUCUUGGUUUUAGAAGAAGCUUCACGAUUUUCGAGCUUAUAGCGAUAAAGUAAACUAUGUUUUCGAGGGGGGCCAAAUUUCCUAGGAAAUUUGGCCCGGAGGAGCCAAAGUUUGGGGGUGGGUGGGUUUCAAGUGACUAGUGCACUAGCUCUGCGUCUUUAAAAACCUCCCAUUUUGUUGUUCCAGAGCCGCAACAAUUUAUAUGAGGAUUAAAUUAAUUUCUAAAUGUUUUAUUUGGAUGCACAAAAUGGAAAACAAUUUUUAAGGACAAAAGAAGUCAGCAGUAACUGAAUUGCUUAAAUAAUCAUUGGUAGCGAUAUUAAAGUUUGAGCAAUUACUAUUACAUAUACUCAAACCCGACACGGGUAGGAUACGAAUUACAGGAUGUGUGUCUAAAUAAAGCGUUUUGAUGCAAUUUAAAACACUCGCAGUGCGUGUUUUAUCAGACCUAAAGUUACUCGGCUUCGCCUCGUAUCUAAUUUAUAUCUGAUAAAGCACUCCUGCUUGAUCGUGUUUUAAAUAGUACUUAUGUCGCUGAUUGUUGUGAAUAUACAUAUAAAUAUAGGUUGUAUCGAUUCUACAUAUACCACUUGAUGAAGAUCUUAAGAAACUUGUGCAGCAAAUAUUUCCAGACCAGGUAAGGCAGGUAUAUAUACGUUUUUUAAAUAGUAUAUGUGCAAUAAAUCGAUUCGACAGUCUUACGAACACAUCUCUAUUACGGACAGUUUCUCGACACACAAAUUUUCUCAGUUAACAAAUCUGUGUGAAACAGAUUGGACACCUCUCAUAUUUAGACCUAA